CUUUGCUGUCUCGUUCAGACGCCAUCACUAUGUGCUAGGUCUUGCAUCGGCAACAGGGGGGUAAAUUACGCACAUUCAUUCCUUGAGCCCUCUUCUUUUUCUCAAUCUCGCAGCUCAUGAAGUCAUGAGGUUAACCCGUCAAACUAACCACCGACGGUGAACCUACCCUUAUCAGUGCUCCUAUCUCGUUAUCCAGAGACUCAGCUGCUGAAGCUCGUCCGUGUACCUCAGCGGUCACCAUGAGUUUUCUUGACUCCGUUCUCUCGUCUAUUGAGACGGGUAGACCAGCUCCCAUCGCUCCUCCCCGUCCAGUUCGGACGCCCGCGCCACCCGUGUCGUCCUCAAAUGUUAGAUCUCAAGCACACAAGCCUACCAAUGGACAUGGUAGCAAUGCUACAGGGCAGGGGAAUGUUGCUGCGGGGGUGAAAAGGAAAGCAGAGGAUCAGUUGCGUCGACCCCAGAAGCCUGACUCUGAAGCAUCGACCAAGCCAACGGCAAACAAACCUCCUAAUGCUUCUAUUGCUUCAAAGUCUCGCCCCGUCGCCACUUCGUCUUCCAUCAAGUCUACGAACGGAAAUACUGCAACCGCUACUCAGAAACCGCCUCAGAUCUCCUCGAAGCCCCCUCCUAAAGGAUCGUAUGCUGAUCUCAUGAUGAAAGCGAAGGAACUACAGACGAAAGCUCCAACUCAAGUGGGCAUGUUCAAACAUCAACCGGUAGCCAAGGAGAAGCUCAGCAAAGCGGAACGCAAAAGACGAGCAAUGGAGGCACAGACAAAAGAGAAAGAUUCACGGCUGGCCAAGAAGCCCGGCACUGUUUCUGGCGGAGCAACCGGAAUCAAGUCUGGUGAUGGGAAACUUUCCAGAAAACGGGAACACGAGGAAUUAACCUACAAGGGCACAGCAAGACCGUUGCAGACCCCAACGCAGCUGGAGUACCGGGGAACAGCCGGCUUGCCAAGUCGACGCAGCUCACAAGAACCGAAAGCACAGUCUCGGGCUAGUAAGCGCGCUAGAAUGAAUGAGUAUCUGGCAACAGAUGAAGAAGACGAAGGGGACGAUUACGAUGACUACUACUCCGCAUCAUCCGACAUGGAAGCUGGCUACGAUGAUGUAGCGGAGGAAGAAGCUGCUGCAUUAGCAGCUGCAAGGAAAGAGGACGAGGAGGAAUUGCGCGCUGAGCUUGCAGCCAAGCAGGAAAAGCUUGAACGACGGAAGAAACUCGCAGCAUUGGUUGCUAAGAGUCGAUCUUGAGCUCAGCCGUUACCUUCAUUCGGCGAUCCAUUACUUUUGAAAAGCAAAUUUCCUAAUCAUAUGCGUACGGAGCAUCAGCGAGGAAUACCCCGUGGCUACAUUAUACAUACGAACCAUAUUGUUUCCUUUGUGCAUAUUCACUAGUCCCUCACUCCUGGCCUAGUCUCUUCUUUUGUCACUUUUGAUUUUAUCAUGGCGUUCAAUAUAUUUGUGUUCUACUUGGCAUCAGCGAGCGAGCGUCAGGGUGUCGAUAGAAGGUGGGUUACUCGUCUAUUUCUUACUAGCUGGUUCGAUCUACCUGGUUUAUGCGGUUUACUUGCAGAGAGCGGGCGUCAUUCUUACAUAUUUAUCCUCCCUUUUUCUGUUCCCUGCUAGAUAGAUAAGACAUGACAUUUACUGUGGUCCAUGGCCGAAUGAAACCGAUUUAUCAACCGU